AUGAGUAGUAAUAAAACUUAUAUCAUGCAGGCAUCUGAAGCAUCAUCAAUGCCAACAAGCUUAGCCAGGGUGCCCCCUGAGCUCAACACACCGGUGCCCAUAAAACUGUUUCCUGACUUGGAGGUGGACAGCUCCAGACCAAACCAUAUAUGCAGCCUGAUAUUGAAGAAGGUGGUAGUCUUGGAGGAGCUUGAGAAGAAGCACAGUGCUCUGGUGAUUGCUGUCAAGACUCAGGGCUCCAAGAACAUCCUGCGCUCUCAUGAGUUUGUGCUGCCCCCCAGUGGAGAAGUUGACACUGACCUAAAGUUGACUUUUUUACUGCCAACCCCCCACCUCCAAAGUGGACAAGGCAAUAUAAAGAUCAUGUUGCAGAGAAGAAAGGGCUUCAGGAUCAGAAAAAUGUUAUGUUACAAGAUUCGAGCCUACAAAACACUGGCUGUGGGCACCUUCCAUGUGGCCCAGGCGAUGCAGCGGCCACUUGAGAGUGGCUGGGUGCUGAGCCUCUGCAGCAGCCUCAAGGAGGCCUCCACAAAAGUUGCUGAGAUAUGGAUCUUGACCCCGUCCAGUGAGUCCAAUGACAGUGAGGAUAGUGCUGUACAGGCUGGCCCCAAGGCCAAGUCCAUGGUUGAAGAACCUGAUGAGGAGUGUGAAAGCAUCUCUUCUGAGCUGGAGGCCAGCAGUGAUGUCAUGCAAAAUCAGGACCUGGAAAAGGAGGACUUUAAUGUGGGGAUGCUCAAGAGACAGGGGCAAGGAAUGGUAACAACUUUGGCCAAGACAUGGCAACCAAACUUUAAGGAGGAAGAUAUAGCUCCUGUGCCUAUGUCUGUAGUGCCAGAGGAGUUCCUGUGCUUUGAGCAGGACCCUGAAGAGCAUGUCCCCAAGGUAGAAGAAGACCUGGACUUGUGGUAUGACACAGUGGAGAACAUAAACAACAGCAGCUCAGAUCUGGAGGAUGAUGACAGCAUCCUCAGCACCCCUGAGCCAAAGCCCAGGGAAUACAUCAAAGGCCUGCCACACUACAGCUCACAACCAGAGACUGGGAGCAUCCAAAGUGCCUGUUGCCAGAAGGAGCCUCUGAGUCCUGCUGACAUGCCCGAGGAGAAACACGUCCCAAGAGACAAUCAGCUAAAUGACUCUGUGUCUGACUCGGCCUCCAGCACAUCCACCCCCAGGGAGCUGUUGGCAUGGCCCCUGGACAGCCUAGAGGUCGAGAAUUCCACCAAGGAUGUGUCUACUGAGAAUCUGCCCCCUAGUGGACACAUCACUGAGACCACGUCUCUCGUCACCCCCUUCCCCAGGUCUGAGGGGACCCAGGCUCGCCUGUUGGGCUGGAGGACAUCCCGGAAGGAGUGGGAGGAGGCAUGGCCACAGAAUGAGCUGUCUGACAGCCUGGAUGAGGAGCUCUGCCUAGACAUGCACAGGCAGCUGCAGAUCCCCAGGAUGACCGCGUUUGACCAACUGAAUGAUGUUCUCAUCGCCGAUGACCCUCAGCCCAUGAAUAUCAUCCUCGUCAACACUGCCGACUGCCAGGGGCAGUGCCUUUUUGAUGCCCUGCAGCAGCGCUUGCUGUCCGUGAUGUGCACCCGCUCUGAGGCUGACCUCCAGGCAGCCUUCAGCUCUAUCAUUUCAUGGAUAGAAAGUACCUACAGCUGCAAUUCCCAGCUCAUGAUGCCGGUGAAGAUCGUGGUGGUUGGAACGGAGCAGUACCUCAAUGCCGUGCUGCAGCUCUAUGUGGAGCAGCUAUCCCAUCAGAUGCCUGACUGGCUGGGCUAUGUGUGCUUUGUGGUCAUCCCGCUGGGUUGCCACGCUGUGGCAAGGUACCUGGGCUCCGUGGAUCACUACUAUAAAACCUUCUUCCAGGACCUGGCCUGGCAGAACAUGUUCAACAGAAUAGAGGCCCAGAUCACCCUGCAGGACACAGUGGACAUCGUGUGGAGAAUAGCACGGUAUAUUGUGGGAGCCACUUGUGUCUACCAGCUGCCCAUUGCAAAGGCCAUGCUCACCAACAAGAAUAAGAACCCCAGUGAAAAGUCCUUGAUGAAGAUCAUUCCGUUCCUGGGGGAGGGUAAUGUUGAAAUAAUGGAAAUGUCCUCAUGCACAUCAGGAGACUCUUAUGAUGUGGCCCCCUUGGGCUCUAGCAAGCUAUUGUCUGCUUUGCCAUCCACAUCGUUGGCCAUCAAGGAGGCCUGGGCUACUCCACCUUCCUCCCCAUCAGUGAGUGGGGACCUGUCCUCCAGCAGCCAGGACAUCACCCAGCUCAUGGGGCUGCAGGUGGAUUACUGGAUGGCAGCCCAGCCCCUAGACAGGGGGAGAGACCUGCCUGCCACCAAAAAUAUGCUCAAGUGCACCAUCCAGUCUCUCCAGGUCAGCAGUCUGCCCAGCAGUGGUGAGGCCACAGCCACGCCCACCAUGUCCAUGACCAUGGUCCCCAAGAAUAAGAAAGUGAUGUUUCUGCCAAAGAAAUCCAAGAACAAGGAAGUGGAGUCUGAAAGCCAGACCAUCAAGGGCAUCAGCCAUCUGGUCUGCAGGGCUGAGCAUCAGCAGAACAUGCAGAGGGUCAUCAUCGAUGGCGUGGAGUGGGACAACGUGCAGUUCCUCCAACUAGAAGCCAAGUGGUCCUCCCACAUCACACACUUUCCCAUCUGUGUCUUUAGAAACUCCAGGUCCACCUUCUAG